CAGAGACUCAAUUGUUUUUGUCAGAGUCCCGUUUCAUUUUUCUCAGCGUCUCUUUUUCAUUUAUGUUUAUGCUUAAACCACCAUAGAGACAUUUCCACAGCCACCAUGGAAGCCCACGAUAAAGUCAUCUCAUCCAUAUCCUCCCGCGUCAAGCACUUCUAUCAGCAGCAAAAACCCUUUCGCAUCUACCACGGCGCCACAAACAGCACGCGUCGCUCCCAUCGCCGCUCAGACAAUACAAUCGAUACCAGCCAGCUCAACCAUGUCAUCUCCGUUGACGCCGCUGCCCAGACGGCCAUUGUAGAGCCCAAUGUGCCAAUGGAUCUUCUCGUGAGCGAGACGCUGCGCCAUGGACUGGUCGCGCCGGUAGUGAUGGAACUGCCGGGAAUCACAGUUGGAGGCGGCUUCUCGGGGACUUCGGGAGAGAGCAGCUCGUUUAGAUAUGGCGCGUUUGACGCGAACAUCAACUGGAUCGAGAUUGUGCUGCCAGACGGCGAAGUGGCGCGAGCGUCCAAGACGGAGCGGCAGGAUUUGUUCUGGGGCGCGGCAUCAGCAUUUGGGACGCUAGGAGUGGUGACACUACUGGAGGUGCAGCUGAAGGAGGCGAAGAAGUAUGUAAAGCUCGAGUACUCGCUUGCAUCCGGAGCGGCAGACAUGCUAGAAAAGGUAAAGGACGCAUGUGCAGUCAAAGAGAAUGACUAUGUGGAUGCCAUUGUGUUCUCGAUGGACACGACGGUUGUUUGCACAGGGAGAUUGGCGGAUGAAUUGCCGCAGGGGACGAAACCGAUUGGAUUUCUGGGUCGCAGCGAUCCCUGGUUCUAUACCCGGGCCAAAGAUGUUGUAAAGCAACUCAAUAAGCCCACGGCCAAGGGAGGAGAAGAGAAACAAACGACGGUGACGGAUUUUAUCCCCCUAGAGGAUUACCUCUUCCGAUACGACCGCGGCGGGUUCUGGACUGCCGUGUAUGCCUAUCAGUACUUCAUCACACCGUUCAACAGAAUUACCAGAUACAUCCUGGAUCCCUUCAUGCACGCCCGCGAGAUGUACCGCGCCGUCCACAAGAGUGGCCUUGCUGAUUACUACAUGGUUCAAGAUGUUGGUGUUCCAUACGACAAGGUCGUUGAGUUCCAAACAUGGCUGGACAAGGAGCUUCACAUCUACCCUCUCUGGAUCUGCCCGUUGCGCAUCCGUCGUGAUGAUCCAGAUUCAGGCCACGGCCUGCACUCGGAGUUUGCGAACCCAGACAUCCCCGACUUGAUGAACUUUGGUGUCUGGGGUGGCGUCAAGGGCACUCGUCGGGAGGUCAUCGAAAAGAACCGCGCACUAGAGCGGAAAGUGCAAGAGCUGAACGGAAAGAAAUGGCUGUAUGCACACGCAUACUACACAGAGGAGGAGUUUUGGGCGCAUUAUGACAGGCAGUCAUAUGAUGCGCUGAGAAAGAAGUACAAGGCUGAGUACCUGCCAAGCGUGUAUGACAAGGUCAAGGUCGAUGUGGAGGGCGAGGAGAGGGCGAGAAAUGCAACGUGGAAGACGAAAUGCAAGGCCGGCUUCUGGGAUCUUUGGCCGUUGGCGGGACUGAGAGGAUUUUAUAGUGCGGUGAAGGGGGGUGAUUAUUUGCUUCAGAAGAGUAAAGAGAAAAAGAGCGAGGCGACUGUUAGAGCUGAGACGGAGACGGCGGCGGAGACCAAGUGAUGAUAAACCUGUAUGUUUGUGAGAGGGUUGGGAUAUAAGAUACCCGAGAAGACCAGAGUAUAAGAGCAUAGACUGCUUUAGAAGACUCGGCUUACUAGAACUUGAAAUGCAUAUUUAUUAUUUUGUGUUG